GUGGGGAAAGGUAUAAAGGUCCAGGCCUGGGCUGCUGGAGGUGGGAUCUCAGGGAGCUGGAGACGUGUCCUGUUUCCCCUUUGCUGUCUCCAGUCAAGUAUCACCUUGACCAUGAAGGCAAUUCGUGUUUUCCUGCUCCUUUUCCUGGCACUCUGCUUCUACCAAGGAGAUGCUGAGCCAGACGGCGCUGCUGACCAAGGAACAGAGGCAGAUUGUGGCAACUACAACUUAAGGAAAGGUUGUACAAAGAUGUUUGACCCCAUCUGUGGCACGGAUGAUGUCCUAUACAGCAAUGAGUGCUUGCUGUGCAGUCAGAACCUGCAAAGACACACUAAUGUGCGCAUAAAGUACAGGGGAAAGUGCCAAAACCUGUCCCCACGCUCCAACCCCGCUCAAAACUAAAAGGUGCAACCAUGCUGGAGAAGAUGGCACAAAGACGUCCCUCACCUCUACAAACUCCUAAUAAACUGGAAGAACUGCAAUGGCUUGCCCUGGGAUUUCUCACACACAC